AACGGAAGUCGAGCGGUGUUUCUCCCGUAGAUUUUCAUAGAAAAUCGUUCUUCUUCCUAGCCUGCCCCGUGGCAUGGAUAUCAUAUCCCUAUUAUCCCAGUUCCCAAAAAAUUAAUUCAUUAUUAAUUGCAACUCUUUUCAUGAUUCAUCACCCUUCAUGAAAAUUAAUAAUCAUAUCGAUACGCGGUUUACCCCGAGUUACCGCCGAAGUUUUUUUCUAAACUGGAUGCUGUACAGUACGAAGAUAAUUUAUUGUAUCAAAAUAGCUCAUCCUAGUGCAACAUUUCAAACGUUCAUAAAUUUCCACUGUUUCGAAAUUCGUUCCUCUGCAGCUUCGUUAAUCUUCGCAAAAUCACUUCUGCUCAGCCUUUCCGGAAUCUGUUGCAGUGUUGCUUCGAUCUUUUUUGUGGUUCUCGUUUUCGAGUUUUGUUUACGUACUGGUGGAUCACUGUUACUCUUCUCUACUAUGGACGAAACGGCUUCCACUGGACCAGCUGCUUCCGAACUACCUGCUUCGCCCACGCAGAAUGAAACAAUUGCAUCUGCUCCUGUGGUCGAAGCUCCAUCGGAAACGGAUGUUCAAGAAGUCGGUGGUGGUGGUGAUGUGAGAGAUCCUGUAGAAAAGGAAAAAAUUGAUGUCCUCCUGAAGGCAGUGGGUGAUGCUCCGAUAAUGAAGAAAAAACGCUGGGCAGUGGAUAGGACGAAAAAAGUGAUUUGGGUGGCGGAUUUCAUCCGGAAAUUCAUUAAAUGCGAGCCCAACGAAUCCUUGUUCCUUUAUGUAAACCAAUGCUUUUCACCCUGUCCAGACCAAGAAAUCGGAUCUCUCUACGAGUGUUUUGGAAGUGAUGGGAAGUUAGUGUUGCAUUACUGCAAACAACAAGCGUGGGGUUGAUAUCCGCACAAAGUGGUCGCUGGUUGGUUUUUGAUUUAACAAACAUUUCCACGUCUUUCUGUAGAAAAUUGCUAGCUUUUUUUAAAAAUUCACUUUGGAGCUUCUUUGUUCGAAAAUUUUGCAGUGCACCAUAUAGUUGUCAGAGCGUCAGCUGUUUUAAAAAUUGUAAUGUUAUUAAGGCUGUCUCUGUACGUUGAAAAAUUCCUUUGUUGAUUUGUGUAUUCUACUGUGGUGAGUAAUAAAAUGCAGAUUUGGUCGAAUUGUUUCAGUAAAUAAAAGUCUGUGGAAAUGCGAAAAAUUUGCGCAAAUUUCUACACAAUAAAAUGUAAAACGUUGAAACGCUUUUACAGUAUUUUGAUAAGUACGCAUUCACUAUGGUGCCGGUCGUGUUGUCCCUGCUGUUGGGUGACCUUCUGUGUCCAAGCCACAUGGCGCUAAAAACAAACGGGUCAUUUGUGGAAAGUAGUAACAAGUAAAAUCGGGUAUCGUAAUGGCGAUAAAUUUAAACAAUUUGAUAUGUUUUCAGGAUACUGCUCACUUGUCAGUGGUCACUGAAAUUAUGCUGUUUUAAAAUCUAUAAAAAUGCAUUAGCGGAUUAUAGGCCUUUAUUUAUAGUUAGGGUGUUAUGGACAGUGCGCUUACCGUUUUACGUUCUGCAAAUAAUCAGCAUUUGUACUACCUGAUUGCAAGCGCCGAUGGGGCGACAUUAUUCGGAGCUCAUUCUCGCCCGGCUCGACCAUUUCCGCAUCACUGAUAGCUGUGCGAUGGUGGCGCAGUGUGUUCCUUCUGGUGAUUAUGCGUUCGUUGGACUCCAGGAUCCUCUGCGUUAAACUGGCAUCAGAGCCCGACGCAUCCGGAUGACCUCGGUGUGCCACAUGCGUGUGGUGGUCGUUGUACGGGAUCGGAACAUGUUCGCUGGAUUCCUGGUCAGCGAGGUACC